UGUGGAUUUCAACUUUUGAACAUAAAAUGAAUGGGAAUUUUAUAUGUGUUUGUUGAGAUUAAAUUUCGUGGAUUGACUCAAUGACAAAAUUGGCAAAAAUUAGUCCCCAACGAAUAUUAAUGAUUUCACAGUAUUGGAAAUUUUAAGUAAUUGGGUUGUCUUUUUUAAUUUAUUUAGAUUCAUAUUUGUGCAGGUUUUUUUUUUAAAUCAAGGAUAUGAAAUGUCUGUGCCAUUUUUCAGAUUAAUCCAUGAUGAGCCUCACCAGUAGAGGAUUGGUUGGUUCCCUACCAGCUAUGUGGCAAGCUUUGGAAAUAGUUGGUUCCCAGCAGUUGAAAUCAGUUGGUAUUUUGCGAACAGCAUUUUCCAGGUAUCACACAGGUGUUAAACCCAGCCCGGCUUACACAAUGUCACAACAGCUGGCAGUAGAACCAAAGUUAGUUGAUUUACGUAGUGACACCAUCACGAAACCAGGCCCUGCUAUGAGGAAGGCUAUGGCCGAGGCAGAAGUUGGAGAUGAUGUAUACGGUGAAGAUCCAACUGUAAAUGAAUUACAGAGACGCUGUGCAGAAUUAUUUGGAACAGAGGACGCCCUGCUUGUACCGACGGGGACAAUGGGCAACCUUAUCUCCAUUUUGGUACACUGUCGUGAGCGUGGCCAGGAGGCUAUUAUUGGGCACAAGUCACAUAUAUUGUUGAAUGAACAGGCUGGAAUUGCACAGUUUGCAGGUGUGAUGCCACGGACAAUUCGUAACAAUGAUGAUGGUACAUAUGACCUAGACAAGCUCCGCAAAGCUAUACGACCUUUAAGUGAUGUCCACCAACCACACACUGGGCUUAUUUGCCAUGAAAACUCUCAGAACUUCUGUGGAGGAAAAGCACUUCCCUUAUCAUUUUUAAAAGAGGUAUGGCAGAUAGCAAAAGAACACAAUAUAAAGGUACAUACAGAUGGUGCUCGGAUCCUGAACUCCGCAGUGGCACUUGGCGUGCCCGUAUCAGAAAUAAUGAAAUACAGCGAUAGUGUUAACAUGUGCUUCUCCAAGGGAUUGGCAGCACCUAUAGGUUCUAUAAUAGCUGGCAGCAAAGACUUCAUUGACAUGGCAAAAAGAAUGCGUAAAGGUCUUGGUGGAGGGAUGAGACAGGCGGGGGUUGUAGCAGCAGCAGCGAUAUAUUCUCUUGACAAUAUCGUUCCAAGAUUGCAGGAAGACAACGUUUGGGCUAAAAAAAUUGCUAAUGCAAUAAAAGAUUUGAACAGUAAAGCUAUACAUAUACCAGAGGAUGGCAUAGACACCAACAUGAUUAUGUUUGAGAUGUUGAAACCGGGUCUGACAGCUGCACAGUUCUGUCAGAGAAUGAUGGAGGUAACAGACAAAGAGAGGGAGGAGCUUGGUGAAAGUAUUGCAGUGCGGGGUGUGGCGAUAUACCCCCAUAUUACACGGAUUGUCACACAUAAUGAUCUAAACUCUGAUAUGAUAGAUAAGGCUAUAAAAAAGCUAAAAUAUAUUGUUAAAGAGUUAGACUAAAUAACCUUAAGAGAAAACGGUAUACAUGUAUAGAUAGUGUACUGUUUAAAUAAGUAAUUUUAUUUUAGGUGGUAGUCAAACAAAAUUUUAAGAUAUAUUAUGCCAAAAUUACAUGUCUGAAUAUAUGAACUACAUGCCAUUUCUUAACUGUAACUGUGUAAACAUAGAAUAAACAUCUUCUUUUUUU